AUGCGCAACCUCAAGAAUGUGCGGCUCCUGGAGACGCGCAUCGACAGUGAUCUUCCCUUGACGGCGACUGCAUGGGAUACUACGUCCGACUCAAUCAUAUGCACCUUCGGUCCAACGGCGCAAAAUCCGAUCAUUGAGCUGCGGAGGAAGCGCCCUGAAGACACUUCCACACUGCCGUUGAGCCGUGAUGCGCUGGAUUGCAUCGCGUCUUGGGAUGCUCCGUGUCCCCUGCCCGAUCUUUCAUCAGAUCGAGUGCUUUCGUUGCAAUACUUUGCCGAUAAUUUGACAGCGUGUCUAGUGCUGGAAGGUGGUGAUAUCAUUAUUGUCCGCGAGGAACCCCUCCCCGGAGAGGACAAGAUCGAGAUCCUUGGCUCAGUUGAUGUCGGGAUCACGGCAGCUGCCUGGUCACCGGAUGAAGAACUUUUGGCUAUCACGACUAGAGCUCAAACCUUCCUGUACAUGACACGUGAAUUUGAGAACGUGGCCGAGAUUACCUUUUCUGCGGAGGAUCUCAAGGCUUCUCAACAUGUGUCUGUCGGUUGGGGGAAAAGGGAGACUCAAUUCCAAGGCAAACGAGCCAAGGCCAUGCGAGACCCAACUGUUCCAGAGAAGGUGGAUGAGGGCAAGCUGAGCAGCCAUGAUGAUGGCCGGACAACUAUCACGUGGCGAGGCGAUGGUGCCUACGUCGCAGUGAACACUGUCGAUGAAGGCAUUCGCCGUGUCAUUCGUGUGUACUCUCGGGAGGGUACUCUCGACAGUGUGAGCGAACCUGUCGAUGGCCUUGAAGGAGCAUUGAGUUGGCGUCCGUACGGAAAUCUCAUUGCUGGAAUUCAACGACUGGAUGACCGAAUCGACGUUGUCUUUUUCGAAAGAAACGGGUUGCGCCAUGGCCAGUUUGCUUUACGGUUAACGCCAGAGGAGCGGGAGACCUGGGCCUCGGAGAUUCACCUUUCGUGGAACAUUGAUUCUACCGUUCUUGCUGUACGAUUUGCCGACAGGGUCCAGUUGUGGACGACAGGCAACUACCACUACUAUCUCAAGCAGGAGAUUCCUCUGUCAAUUGAUCCUGCGUUGCCCGUUCCAAUAGCCUUCAGAUGGCACCAGGAAAAAUCGCUACGCUUGGUGGUGGGGACUCAACUGUCUCUUGUGGACAUUGACUACGUCUUUGAUGUCCACCAUGGUUCCACUGCGAUACCCGACGACGUUGGCGCCGUCGCCGUCAUAGAUGGAAAGACGUUGAAGCUAACUCCGCUUCGUCUCGCGGGUGUUCCACCCCCUAUGGCACACAAUGAGCUUGAGCUGGAUUCGAACGUGAUUGACGUGGCAUUCAGUAAAUCCGGCACACGAAUGGCAGUUUUGAUGGACAAUAGAUUCUCUGUUUUCCUGUGGUCUUUGAAAACCCGCCCUGUUCCAGUGCCCAUUCUGGAAUCCAGCCAUCCGCUCUCGGAUGCUACGAUGAGUCGGCCACGACAAAUUGCCCUUCUCAAUGAGACCGAGGUCUUUGUUCUGCAGAACGGCCCUGGAGCCAGCCUCAUCGAGCGCACGUCUCUUGAGACACGAGAAACUCAGGUUGUAUACCAGACACAGGAAGCCGAAGUGCUGCACACUAUCUUUGCUGGCUUGGGUCACCAGGCUCUCUGGUUCUCUCAUUGCUCGAAGCACGGAUCAUCUUUGAGCUACUCCAAACUGAAUAUUGAAGCUCAGAAGAGCGUAGAAGUUGGUCAUUGGACAGAAAGCCCUGCGGUUGAGACUCACUGGGCCCGGGCUAUAUCUCUGCCUUCUGAGGAGUGUCUCCUGAUCUCUCUUACAAGGACAGGCGCCUUAUACGCCAACAAGCGGUUGCUUGCGAAGAAUUGCACUUCCUUCCUGGUUACGCCCACCCAUCUGCUUUUCACCACUUCUCAGCACCUGCUGAAAUUCGUACAUUUGAAACACGCUGAAGAUAUGGAGGUCCCUGAGGACACGCCCGAGACCGACGAAAGAUGUAGAAGCAUCGAGCGUGGAUCCAAGUUGGUCUGUGUGAUGCCAUCGAUCUUUGCCGUUGUCCUCCAAGCACCUAGAGGCAACAUCGAAACAAUCUUCCCGCGGGCACUGGUACUGGCUGGCAUUCGGACCUUCAUUGAUCGAAAGAAUUAUCGAUCGGCUUUCCUGGCGUGCCGCAGUCAGAUGGUCGACAUGAACAUUCUUCAUGACUAUGCCCCCGGGCAGUUCAUGGAGAACAUUCAGUUGUUCAUUGAGCAGGUCAAGAAGGUAGAAUUCAUCGACGACUUUCUUUCACGACUCAAGGAAGAGGACGUCUCGCAGACGCUUUACAAGGAUACACUCAAGAUCUCCGAGCCAGAGUCAACAGCCACCGCCCACGCUGGCAAUACUUCGCUACCUACGUCUCGUUCUGCGGGCAAAGCUAGCAAGGUCAAUGCGAUUUGUGAUGGAUUUCUUCAGGUCCUGCAGACUCGGCUCGACACUAACUUGCAAAACCUGGUGACGGCGCAUGUUUGCAAGGAUCCUCCCGACCUUGAAGCCGGCUUAAAACUCGUCGCGAAUCUUCGGACGCAAAACCCAGAGCAAGCCCAGGAUGCCAUUGAGCAUAUGUGCUUCUUGACUGAUGCGAAUCGUCUGUACUCCCACGCUCUCGGCUUGUACGACCUGGAGCUUACCCUUUUGGUCGCUCAACAAGCCCAAAUGGAUCCGCGGGAGUAUCUUCCAUUCCUUCGAAAAUUGCAAAAUUUGCCAGAGACACGGCGUUGCUUUGAAAUUGACAAUCACCUUUCCCGCUUCGACAAGGCCCUCAAACAUUUGUUUGCGUUGGGCGCCCACGACGAAAUCCAAGCGUACACCAUUCGUCACAGCUUGUACAAAGAAGCCCUGGAAGUUUACAAGUAUUCACCCGAACAGCUGCGCGAAGUCACCCGAAUCUAUGCCGACUAUCUCCAGAACGAUUCAAAGCAUAAAGAUGCUGCGAUCGCCUAUGAAUCACUUGGCAUCUACGACGAGGCCUACAAGUGUUACAAUCUUGCGCACCUGUGGCGCGAGUCUUUGUAUUGUGCCAUGAUGGCUUCGUUGCCCGAGGACGAGCUUACGGCGUUCAUCAACGAGUUGGCUACCACCCAGGUUGACGAGGCCCGGGACUACGUCGCAGCCGCUACGAUCUACGCAGAGCACCUGCACGACGUUGUCACAGCUGCCCAGCUCCUGUGUCGCGGGUCAAAAUUCGCCGAUGCGGCCCGGCUCUUGACCCUCCACGGUAAAAAGGACCUGGUCGAAGAGAUUGUCGACUCCGGCCUCGCCGAGGCCAUGGGCUCAAUGACUGAUCUUCUUGCCGACUGUAAGGCUCAGCUCAAUGCACAGGUACCUCGUGUUCGUGAGCUCAGACAGCUUCGUGCGGCCGAUCCACUGGCCUUUUUCGGAGGUGAUCCCACAGGAGGCGAAGGCGGCGUGGACAUUCCUGAUAAUGUCUCUCUUGCCCCCACCGAGGCGACCACGUUGGCGGGCCGCACCAUGUUUACUCGGUAUACUGGCAAGACAUCCUCCUCCCGCGUGACUUCGCGCACCCGUCGGCGCGAGGAACGGAAGCGUGCCAAGGGUAAGAAGGGCACAGUCUACGAGGAGGAAUAUCUUGUCAACAGCAUCCGACGUCUCAUCGACCGUGUCAAUUCGACCGUGUCCGAGGCUGAGGCCUUGGUUGACGCCCUCCUCCGACGUGGCAUGCGCGAGCGCGCUGCCGCCGUUGAAAAAGCCCUUGCCGAUGUGGUGACCAUGUGCGCGGAUUGUCGUGACGAUGUCUUUGAGGUUGCUCCGACUGUCCCCGGAAGAAACAACGAGAUGGACGAUCUGACCCCGGAAGAGGCCAACCUGCCGCGACCGACCGGGGGCUCGGCCGUUCUGGCCGAAAGCAUUGGAAUCACGCUGGGUGGAGCUGGACGUAUGAAGGAACCGCCCGUGGUCAAAUCCAUGAGCAAGUCUUCCCUUCUGGUUUAG